AUCACUAAAGGGCAUCGGAUGUUGUUUGAAUAUCGCUAUCGUUGCCUCAUCGCUGUCAAUUGCAUUUGCCUUCUUUUCUUCUGCAUUCAUUUCGAGCUAUAAAAGUCGCAAAUCCGUAAAUACGGCACAGCAGUUGCUCCAUUUGAUUCACUGAGUGCAUAACAGAGUAUUAUGAAGUACUUCAUCGCUUUCCUUUCUUUGAUUGUUGUGGUGUUGGCCCAUCACGAUAAUUCCGAACAUCACGCCGACUAUGUGGUUAAGAGUAAGGAGGAUCUUGCACAUGCCCGCGAUCAUUGUGUUUCAAAGUUGACCAUAGCAGAUGAUCUCGUUGAGAAAUACAAAAAGUGGGAGUAUCCAGAUGAUGAGAAAACUCAUUGUUAUUUGAAGUGUAUUUUCGAGGAAUUAGGACUCUAUGAUGAUGAGAAGGGAUUUGAUGUUCAUAAGGUGCAUCAUCAAGUAGCUGGAGACAAGGUUGACCACUCUGAUGACUUGCAUAAAACAAUUGAAAAUUGCGCAAAAGAAGGUGCUGAUUCCGAUGACUCGUGUGUUCGGGCAUAUCGUGGUGGCAUGUGUUUAAUUAAUAAUAAUUUAACAUUGGUAAAGCAAAGCUUUGUAUCGGAUUGAAAUGGACAGACAUACAUACAUAAAAAUGAAGUAAGGCAUUUGGAAUAUUAAAACAAA